AGUCCCUCCCCGUGAGCGCGCAGAAGUGAGUGUUUGCUCAUAGUUGUCUGCAGCUCUUUGUAGUCCCUGAUACAUAACGCGUUCAGCUUCAGUUUCACAAUCUUCGGGGCGUUCAAUUAAACAUCAGUGUCAGUUAUUGUUGGCUGAAAUUGUCUGUACUCCGUGUCAAAUUGUGGAAAGUUUCACUCUUAACAGUACUUUUCAACCGGAGAUUGUCGCUUCGUGGAUGGACUUUAUGAAGUAUCAUCAGCGGCUGCCUGUUUAAAGGGCUGACCCAUGUGAGGAGAGUGGAGUUUGCGCGCACAUGCAUACAGUAUGCACACACAAACACACACACACAUGGACGGCAUGGCAUCUUUCUCCAGCACCUGUGGCUCCAAGGUGGACCGGGCGUCCCGUCUUAGAGGAGAAGACAGACAGGGGACACACAGUGACAGCGACUGCAGUGCUGUGCUUGAGAAGACCAGAGAGUUCUUCCAGAUUUGUGACAUCGAGGGCAAAGGCUUCAUUACACGACGGGACAUGCAGAGAUUAAAUGGAGAGCUUCCGCUGUGUGCUGAGGAACUUGAGAACGUCUUUGACACUCUGGACGCAGAUGGCAAUGGUUAUCUGACCCUUGAGGAGUUCUCCUCUGGCUUUAGUGAAUUCAUGUUUGGUCCAAGUGUGGUGUCAGUAGAUCCACAUACAGAUGAGGAGCCAGUCUUAGCAAAGACCCCAGAAGUGCUCUAUGAGAGCCAAUGGGAGGAGCGAAACAGCAGGGGAGACGAUGACGAGGAGCAACACUUCUGCAUGCUAAUGGAGAACCUGGGGGCAAGCAACAUCUUUGAAGAGCCAAGAGAGGUGCGGAGUCUUUGGGUGCAGCUCAGAAGAGACGAACCUCACCUUCUGUCCAAUUUUGAGGAGUUCCUCGCCAGGGUCACUUAUCAGAUCAAAGAGGCCAACCAGGAGAAGAAAGAGAUGGAGACGGCACUUAAAAGGAAAGUGGCGACACAUGAUGAUGAAAUCCAGAGGCUGUAUGAAGAAAUGGAGCAACAGAUCAAGAAUGAAAAGGAGAGGAUACUCUUAGCGGAUUCUGAGCGGUUCUUGUCUCGCAGUCAGGACAUGGAGCAUCAGCUUUCCGCUAAAGAGAAAGAGCUGGAAAUGCUUUCUAAUAAACAGAAAAGGCUGGAGCGUCAGUGUCGAGAGCUGCACAGCGAGCAGCAGGAGACGGCUGUGGAGAACGUCAAACUGAAGAAGUGUAACGAGGACUUGAGCCGUGAGCUGGACAACACCACCCAGGAGCUGAGUCUGGCUCAGGAGCAACUCAUGCUGCUGCAGGAAAUGUCCUCACGUCUGCACGAGGAGAGAGAGAUGGAGAUUUAUAGGGUUACAGAAAGCUUGCAAAGAGAGAGGGCAAGUCUUCUCAAGCAGCUUGAUUUGUUAAGGGAAAUGAACAAACACUUACGAGAUGAAAGAGACAUGUGCUAUCAAAAACCAAAUACUUCUGUAGCAAAACUCUCAUGGAAACAGAGGCCUGGGUCAAUUACUAUGAAGCAGUCUGAGCGGAAGCAUUCAUUUAAGAGUGAUGAGGAUGAAGAGGUUCUGCCACAAUCUAAGUGGAAGAACGUGAUUGGCGUAAAUGGGCACAGCAUGGACCUGGAGGACAUGGUAGAUGGACGACCUCCUUCAGAACAACAGCUCCGGAAGAUCAUCUCCAUCGAGGAGGACCAUCUUCCUCAAGUCCUUCAGCAGGGUUAUCAAGCCCAUCUCAGAGAUUGGAGUAAGGAGUUGGAGGAGGGCAUGGACGUCCGGAUGAGCAAUGUUUACCCCACAACCAGCACUCCGACCUCUGUUUCACCCCCUCCAGGAGUCGCACCCACACCCAACUCUCCCAGAGGACGGCCUGUGGGCAAAGAGACCGUCCAGUCGGUGGAAGAGGCCUGUUCAGGUCCAGAUCGUCUCUUUAAGAUAAUUCUGGUGGGGAAUUCUAGUGUGGGAAAAACAUCUCUUCUACGUCGCUUCUGUGACAACUGUUUCCACUCUGGUACAUGUGCUACUGUAGGUAUUGACUACAGUGUGAAGAUUCUUACAGUAGACAACAGCCAGGUAGCCUUGCAAAUGUGGGACACAGCCGGACAGGAGAGGUAUCGCAGCAUCACCAAGCAGUUUUUCCGCAAGGCUGAUGGCGUGGUAGUGGUGUAUGACAUCACUAAUGAGCAGACUUUCACAGCAGUGAGGCAUUGGCUGGCCAGCGUGCAGGAGGGAGCAGGUGAGGACAUUCCCAUCAUGCUCCUGGGGAACAAGACCGAUCUAGAUGGGCAGAGAGAGGUUCCACUGGGAGUGGCAGAGAAAUUAGCAAAGGACUUUCAGUUGAUUUUCUAUGAGUGCAGCGCUUUUUCAAGCAACAAUGUGACAGAGUCCAUGAUUCAUAUGGCAAGAGUUCUGAAAGACCAAGAGGACAGAGAAAAAGAGAAAACCGUGUCACUAGUAGACAGCCACGCUAAGAAGAAGUCCUGCUGCUAGUAGAAAGUCACCCAUAAACACUCAAAGAAACCUGCAGAUCUUUCAAACCUUUUUGCUUUGCAUUUUAAGAUGUACAAUGUGAAAGAGUUUUAUGAUAAUGGUUAGAUGUAGGACUUGAAAUAGUUUUGUACAUUACAUUACAGCUGUAAAGCGUGUCCCUAUUAAGGUCAUUUAAAUCUCUCAUCACACUAUUGAACUAAACAAAACUAUAUUUUUGUAUUGAUAAUUUAUCGUUUUAAUAUGAAGGUCUUGGAAAGUAUAUUUAAAUGAGCAAAAUAAGCUCCUACACACUAGUUUGCACAGUCGUUUGCACAAAUGUAUUAUUUAUGUUAUUCCUAGCAAGCAGACAUACUAUGAAUUUUUUUUACAUUUGUUGUCAUCAGCGUGAAUAUUUUUAAUACACUGCCAUGAAGCGAACAUGUGGUUUGCAUAAGGAUUCGGUAUUGUUUGCUUUACUGUAAAAACAGUUGAAAUAGAGCUAGUCCCAUAUUGAUUUCAGAUCACUUUUUGAUUUGCAUUUUAUGUAUUGUGCCAACAGUACUGUGUGUAUAUCUGUAUUGGCUAAUUAAUGCAGUCUGUGUUAAAUCAGUAUAAAAUGUCUCACAGCAGCCGUUGAUGUUCACAUUUACCAUAAAUAAUUUAGAGAUGCAUCAAUUGUCCACCAGACACUGGAUUUAUGCACAUUUGAGAUUAGGCCUAUGGUGUGUUUUCUCAAUUUUUUCAGUUAAUACGAUUCUUGAUCUGUAACUGGAGUUUUCAUAUUGAUUCACACAUAAGUUGUGGCAAUGACCAUUGGGCAGAAUGACACUAGAUUUGAGCACAAUGUGGAUGUUUUAAAUAAUUUUUCACUUAUUUAGUCUUAUAAAUGUUCCUGCUUUGUUAUGUACAUGUGUAAUGUGUAAAUACUAAAAAGAAAUGUAUUUUGAGUGAAAAAAAGUGUUUUUUGAGUGUUUGCAUCAAGUCCAGUUUGUUCUUUCUGGGAAAUUACUUUCAUUGAACAAUAAACUCUAGAAAACAAGGACAAGUUCACAUAU